UGCAACUGCUUAACUAAUAUCUGGAGCCUCAAGGCUCAACAUUUUUUCACAGCUUUGAUUCUUGCGAGAGCCUUCUCUCCUUGCUUGCAAGACCGAAACAAACGAAUCUCCGACUCCGAGUAAGCAAUUCAGAGAGUAGAGAUGGUGAUUCCACCACCAGUUCGACUGCCUGCAAUCACAAAGUUUCUUAAACCCUAUGUCCUAAGGAUGCAUUUUACGAACAAUUUCGUAAAUGCUCAAGUGAUACAUUCUCCAACCGCCACUGUGGCGUCUUCUGCGAGCUCACAGGAGAAGGCCCUGAGAGCAAGCAUGGAGAAUACAAGAGAUGUGGCAGCUGCUGCCAAGAUUGGGAAGAUACUGGGGGAGCGACUCCUACUCAAGGGCAUUCCUGCAGUUACUAUCUUCUAUAAGAGAGAACAGAAAUAUCAUGGGAAGGUGAAGGCUGUGAUCGAUUCUUUGAGGGAAGUAGGUGUGAAACUUCUUUAGAUUGGGUAACAGCUAGAUAAAACUGGAGAACUUAAUAGCUGCUCUUCCUUUGUUGUGAAAGGAUUUGUCUAAGCUCUUCUUGGGAUAAUAAACUACCUGGUUUGCUUGUGUCCGGAUUCUCUGUUGUGAUAAUGCUUUUCAUUAUUCUGGGUAGUUUUCUUA